UAGAAGUUCUUAAUUAGGUCUGAGAAUUAAACGCGCUAUGAGUGGAAUUACCUGUGAAUUUCUACAAGAGAAGCUUCAGAAGGAGCUUAAUCCUAUACAUGUGGAAGUAGUUGACCUGUCAGAUGGGUGUGGAGGAAAGUUCUCAAUACUUGUUGUAUCUGACAAGUUUGAAGGGAAGCCUCUUCUAGCCCAGCAUCGAAUGGUGAAUAAUUGCUUAGCAGAGGAAUUGAAGACUAUUCAUGCACUGACCCUGAAAACAAUGAAACCAGCACAGUGGGAAAAACAGAAGGAAACUUAAUGCAUGGAUAUUGGAACAGUGGAGUCAAUUAGAAACUAUUAAUAGCCCCUGUGUGAAUAAAGAAGACCUGAGUUUGUUCUGUACAUCCAAAUGACAGUGUUGCACAUGUGGAACUAUCUAAAUAUUAGUCUUGGAAAGGAAAUAAUUUAGUUCUUCUGAUGUAUUUGUAAAAAAAUAUUAAUUUAGGUACUUGUAAUAAUUUAAAGUGGGUUCUCUAAAUGAGCUGCAUUUCUUAGCUGCAAAAUCAAUUCACUGUUCUUUGAAUAUUCACUUCUUACAAGUUCAGAAAUUUGUUGAUUUGACCAAUAUGAAACAAUUUUGAAGGAUAAAAAGAUUUUUUACCCAUGGAUUAUCUACCUUUCUUCAUAUCAAACUUAUUUGGUUGGAGACAACAACCCUUCUUGAAAAGCACAAUCCUUGCAAUUGAAAAUUUGUUACACUUUAAACUCACUCCAGCCAUACUGAACUUUGAAUAUCUGGGAAAGCAGAUACAAAAUCUUGAUUACAAUGAUACCUGGUAUUAAAAGAUUAUUAAGGGAUUACCUUUUUUCUCCCAAACUAUUCAGAAUUGAGAAGUAAAUAAUGAUAAUAGAGUUGAGUGGAGUCCAAUUUGGUCUGUAAUCAUGUGAGUGAUGAACAAAAUCAGAUGAAUGCAAAAUGGGAGUCAGAUUUGUUGAUCACAAGUAUGAUUACAGACAGAAUUGGACAACAAGAAGUCCUGUUACCAAUUAAUGGUAACCAUUUCAAUUAAAAAAAAAAUACACCUAGAACAAAUAUCUUUAGUGGAGACAAUGUCUUUAGUUAAAAAUUCCUCCAAUUUGUAAAUACCCUCUUUUCUUUGGAUAAGUGGACAUAAAAAAUCCCAAUGUUCAAUGUUGGUUUUGAAUUUGGUUCUGGUGACGUCAUACGAUUAACAAAAUUACAUGUACGACCCCUACAGGUCAAAGUAUGUUUUUCACACUGAUUCUGCGAAAUCUCCAUCUCAAACGCAAUUCAACCUGCAAAGAAUUGUCUAUAGCGUCAUCGAUCACGAAAUUCACCUUUCUAACACAUUGGGAACUGCUCCAAGUACUGUAUGUGUUAUGAAAUUUUCUUUGUUGCGUAAACGGUUACAGAUGAUGAACUUAAAUUUGUCUCGCCUGAAAAUUAAUCUGGUCAUUACAGAAGGAGAAAACGAAGUUAUUAGAGUGGAAACACUUCUUAAAUUACAUCUUUCGAAAGGAAUGUAAACUAUCGAAACUAGUGGCGAUUCUGAAGCCUCGGUGGAAGAUGUUGCCGGAAAUGAAUGUAUCUAGAAAUUUUGAGUCUUAAAGAUAUUAUACAAACACAAGUGUACAGGCA